AUGACCAAUUCUUACAAUUUACACGACCGGGUAUCGGAUCUUUUCGCGGAGAAGUUGAAGUCUGAUAUUGGAAAAUUAAAGAAGCAGGACAUUCACGAGAUAAGCUCCACGCCGUAUUUCUGCCCUUCCAUCGACUCCUACAUGGAGCGCGCCACAUUGCUGUGUGAAAGCGUUGCGAGAAAGAUUUUCCGGCGAGAAUCGUCCCCAGAAUAUCGAGUUGUUUCGGGGGCCCAUUACGCCUACAGAGUCCGAGACCGGCUGAGGAAGGAGGUGCUGGUGCCCUUGAUCAACGCCUUGGAUUAUUUUGAUGAUUCAGGAAGAAAGCCCUGUGCGGUUAAGAAGUAUUUGGAGGACGUCAAAGGCGGCAACGGCGGUGUCAAGUGCAACAUUGCGGCGGGUGCUCUGCUUCCAAAUGAGAUCGUAGGAUAUGCGGAUGAUGUGGAUGUGGGGCAAGUGACUGAGCUUCAGUGGAAGGCCAUGGUGAUGUGGUUAAAAAAGCAGGGCAAGCUGAAAAACUGCUUGGCUGUAUGCGACGUGUCUUCGUCUUCCAUGGCGGGGAUCCAAAACUACAUGGAUGUGUCGGUGGGUUUGGGGCUGCUGUUGUCUCAACUGAGUGAAGAGCCAUGCUGGAAAGGGAAGGUGAUCAGCUUCAGUCCAAACCCUGAGCUGCAUUUGGUAGGAGGGGAUAAUCUCCAGUCCAAGUGCGAGUUUGUGAGAAGGAUGGACUGCGGCGGCAGCAAAAUUGAUUUGCACAAGGUGUUUGAUUUGAUUCUGGAAGCGGCUGUGAAGGGGAAUUUAAAGGCAGAGCAGAUGGUGAAGAAGAGCGAGUUUAAGGAGAAGGGGUACGAGGAGAAUGCGGUGCCGGAGAUUGUGUAUUGGAAGUUGGACACGCUGGCAGUGCCUCGUAGACAACCAGGGCUCGCCAACCUCGGUGGCUUCUCGGUGGAUUUGCUAAAGCUGUUCUUGGAUAAUGACGGCGAAGUUAGCCCAUACCAUGUAAUGGAAGCAGCCAUCUCUCCCAAACACUAUCAAAAUCUGGCCGUAGUGGACUGA